UAUAACCCCCACAAUUUCUUCUCCUCUCUAGUCUCUUCUAAGUUCUAACCCCAAUCAUAUUUCUCCUUCUCACUACUUUCUCCCUCUAAAACUUCCCCAAAAUCAAUAAAACCUACCCAACACAAUGGAAUCACAAAUUUCAUCAAUGAGAAGACCUUGUUAUAGAGAAGAAGAUGAUGGUUUAGCAUCAAUUGCAGGUUUUUCUGGUACUAUAAACCAUGGAUAUCCUUUAGUAAAACAUCAAAACCCAUCAUUUUUGUGUUAUAGCAAUGUAAGUGGAGGUGGUAGUAUUAUGAUGAGAAGAAGAAAUAGUUUAAGAAACAUUUCUUCUCUUUCCCCUGUUUCUUCCCCAAGAUCUGCUCGUUUUUUUGAAGAGAUUCACUCUCCUCACUUCCUUGAAUCUUGUUUCCUCUGUAAAAAACCCCUUGGUGGAAAUCGUGAUAUUUUCAUGUACAGAGGGGAUACACCAUUUUGCAGUGAUGAGUGUAGGCAAGAACAAAUAGAGUUAGAUGAAGCGAAAGAAAAGAACAGGAAAAUGAGGGUUUUGAGAAGUAAAAAAGAUUCCAAUAAAUCAAAUUCUUCCGCAAACUCUACAAAUCCUUCUUCUGGCAAAACCCAUAGUUACUCUCUCCGUACAGGAACUGUUGCUGCUGCUUGAUUCAUGGGGAAAGGUUUUACUCUUGAAGAGUAGAAAAUGAAAAAUUAAUUGAUCUGGAAUAAAAAAAUGAAACCCAAAUGAAGGAAGAACAAAACUGGGUUAUUUUCUUUUUUUAAAAAAUCUAAUCUAUAAAAUAUCUAACUUGGGGAAAAUUUAAUUAACAUCUAAAAAAAUGGUAUAACCCAAAAAACGGAAAAAAAAACAGAGCACAACAGAGUAUAUCGUAUGGUAGAAGGUGUUAUAUUUUAGAAAUACAAAUUCCUUUUAUGUAAUGAUGUGCAUAUGUUUAUUAAUCCUACUUACUUAUUACUAUAAGUUGGUAAUCUUAAGGGGUUUUUAAUUGACUAUAAAAGUAGGGUUUGGAGCAAGAAUUUUUUGACUUUUGUUCUGUAAUUUUUCUGGGUUUUUUUUUUUUUUUUUUUAUGUAGUAAAGAAAGAUCAUAUGAAUAUGAUGUAAUAUUGUAAGUUUGAAUAUCAAUGGAGAAAGAAUAAUCAUAGUACAAUGGAAAAAAAAGUAGGAAAAGUGGGUAUGAAAUUUGUUUUCUGUUUACAGAUUUAAUUUUUGUUUGUUUUUAUGAAUUGUACGAACCAGUGAAUGAUGAAGAAAGGUGUACUAGUAAAAUUGUACUGUUAUUAGAACAGAGUAUUCGUGAACCUGUACGAACAAUUGUGAGUGGAUGAACCGGGAAAAAGCGGUCCGUAAAUGUAAAUAUAACCGGAAUAAAUUAUGGUUUGGAAAUUAGACAGACAUUAAUUAAUCCGGCUAUAAUAAGUGUCAUUUACACAUGUACUCCUAAUUUUUAUGUCUUCUAUCGGUGGAGCACCGUUGAGGUGGGAUCGGUUAAACCUUUUUAUUGACGGCUUCGAUACGCUCCAUUGAAUACCUAUGUACGAUUAUAAAAUACUACUUCCUUCGUCUUCGUCCUGAAAUAUUUGCUGUAUAAGAAUUAUUAAUACUAUUUAUUAUUUAAAUUUAUUUUAUAUAUUGUAGUUGAUGUGUAAGAAAAAAUAUAGUAAAGUGAAAUUUUAUUUGAAUUGUCUAAUCAUAUAUUUUCAUAAUAUUAAUUUUUUAUAAUUUUUAAAUUCGUAUAAUUCAAUGUAAAAAUGAUUAAAAUAACAGAUUGGAUUGCGUAAAAAAUCAAAUGUAACAAGUAUAGUGAAAUGGAGGAAGUACUAUGGAGUAUUUAUUUUUGGAGACGAAAGAUAAUUUUUUUUUAUUUCAAUCAUUAGGUAGUGACCGUGCUAUGU